UGUACUUUGGUUGGUGCCUUGGUCUAUGGGGAACACCCUCCGGGGCCGCGAUCACCUGGACCAGAGGCGCUCGGGCCGCCGGGACUUGUAGGCCCUAGAGUCCGUCUAGUCCAUUGGUCACCCCUUUUGGACAUGAAUAGGGUUGAAAACCGCUGCGUUUUACGGCGUUCAAGCGCGGUGGUCGAAUUGCACCGAAAACGGGUGGGCAUGUAUUGAGUGCAUGCUGCGCGCUGAGCCUUGAAAGUAGAAACAAAAGACGCAUCAUGAAAAAUAUCUCAACAAGAAGAGGAAAUAUUAUAAAAUGAUGUCAGAAGAGAUAGAUAACAUUUCAGUAGAAGAAUUUUUAAAUACGCAUCUCCAAAAAGAUGCAGAAGAAAAUCAAAACAUAAUAGAAACGUUGAGAGGCAAAGUAAGAGGAAAGCUAAAAAAUACUAAGAUUAAUCAAGGGGAAAAGUCUUCAACUCAGCUGUUCAUUGAUACUAAGAUAUGUCAGUGGUCUAAGGCGGAAGGGCUCCUGGAUGAGGGGCUUUCAUUUUUCACUCUGAGCGGAGGAGAAGGCUCAGCUUUGGACCAGUCUUCAAAGCAGUUGUUCAGCCAAACCUUGGUGACUUCUUGGAUCCUCUUUCGCUCAAGUACUUGUAUCCAGUUCAUCACAAACCCUGUUGCUGUUACAGAACCUCAGCAUAUCUGGGAAUCUGACCUGCCUUCACUGAGGCCAGUAAAUGAUAUUUAUCCCAAACACUUCUCACUUGGUGACACUUCACAAAAUGUUGCCGAGGGCCAAGAUGAGGAUUUUGUGGAAGAAGUCAUUUUUGCAGAUUUACUUGAAGUCAAAGCUGCUGAAUAUGAAGAUGAUCGAGAACAAAUAAAAACACGGCAGGCAGAUAUAUUUGUGCCCAGUAGUUCUCCAGUGCUCAACCAGUCUAAACUGCCGAAAGACAUGAUGCCACGCAUUUUGGAAGAGGAAGGAUUGUACGUUCAGCGAAGGCCGGAAGUAUAUAAAAAGACCUGCAACAAGAUGGAAAAUCGCCUCCUUAAGUUGGAAGAGGGAAAGUGUUGGUUUGAAGAAAGUGGAGAAAUAAUGUCAUUACCUUCACCAUUUAGACAGUCAUGGCGUUUUAGACUAAAUAUAAGCAAGGGACCGUUAAACCCGGCACUAACGACCAUAUACAGGAAGGCAGUCAAAUUUGACUUAGGAAGCUCUUUUAGAAACAAAAUAGAAAGCCAAAGGGGAAUGUACCAAUUAGAUCUCAACAUUGUGGGUUUACAAUUCAGCCAUCAUCCGCUCUUCAAUCAAGAACAAGUGUUAUGUGCCAGGCUGCUUCAGCUUUAUGAAUGUUUUCAGGACAGGAAGCAACAGAAUUUACCUCAGCUGCUUUAUGAGAAGCUGAAGGCACUGACAGACACCGCCAGACUAGCAAGUGAAAAUGCAGAGGUAAACCAGAUGACCAGGAACUGUUUGCAAGACUAUUAUUGGCAGAUAAGUAAUACAAAACAGCUGUAUGACUUAGAAAGGGAGAAGGACCUUUCCCUGCUACGAAGUAUAUUGCGGACCUGGAAACAGAUUAAAGCCCUUCGGCAGCGGCAGGAGUUUACGAGCACCCCAAUAAAGUUACAGUUUCAGAGGCUAAAAAUGAAGAGACGUGACAAGCAGGGACAAGAACAAAUGUCGAAGAUGUCUGAGACUGAGAAAGAGACGGAAGGAAAAGCACUUAUGAGUGGGGAAAGCCAGGAGAGCCUGUCAUGUUCAGUAUCAGAACCUGAAGAAACAGGAAUGGAAAGAAUAAAGCCAAUUACCUUGGCCCCCCAACUUUUUUUCACUGCAGAAUUAACAAACUUAUCCAAAUGUUCCUUGCAUGAACAAAAGAGGAGAGCCAAAAUCCAGAAGCUCAAGUAUUUUAUUAAAAUAUUUUACAACGACAAACAGGUUUCUUGCACUUCAGUGUCUCCCCUGCAAUUUGAUUUUAAAGUCAUGUUUCAGCAGAUUUUCAAUAUUCAGUUACUAUAUUGGCCUGAGACGAUUCGCUUGGAGAUUUAUGAAAUAAGUAAGCAGGUCAGCUUACUGGCAAAACUGUACUUACCUCUGCCGAGCAACGCAGAGCCGAGACGCAAGACGGCGUUGGAAUACGUGGAGUUCAGCUGCGAUAAGCCGGCCAGCCCUCCGGAGGGAGGAGUAGGCAGCAAUGUGCCUUUUCUUCUCGAGGAGGAUGGAACCGAGGAACUCUGUCUUUUGACGUCGGGAAAACUGAGCUAUUCUCUAUCAUGGGCCUUCGAUGGAAGCGGCGUCCCCGCGACUCCUCGGUCGCAGUCCCUACGAUCUGCUUACUGCAGUGUGUUAAGGAAUAUAGAUGCACGAGGUGUUCCUGGAAUUCCAUGGCUCUCCAAUGCCCAGAAACUUCUUGAAUGGGCAAAUGAAGUGAGAAUUGAUCCAAAUAAUCCAGAAUAUUCUGAUUUAAUGGAAUUUAUUAUGUACAUGAGACAUAAGGGACAGGACAUCCCACAGUAUUUCCGUCUCGAACAGUUGCAAGAUGAAUUUAACUUCGUUUCUGAAGAGGAAAUGAGAAGGAGUAAACGUUUCCAGCUAUUGCAGCUUAGAAACGCUGGGCAACUGGAUACUUGCCUUCUUCAGCACAUGCCUGUCUAUGAUAGAGAGAUCCCAGACUUAGCGUUUCAGGAGUAUGAGAGUCAGAUAGAGAAGGAUCUGCCCACCUCAGAUGUGAAUUCUAUUACUGCACAAAGGAUUAAUUCCGCCAACCUUCUGGAAAAGGUGAGAAGGUUGAUAAUGAAAAGAAUUGUCAAAGUCAGCAAAUUCAACUUGUCAGAUAUUGUGACUGAUUAUGAAGAAAUAGUAUCUGCAAGCCAGUUGACACAUGCAGUUUAUAAAUUUGCUGCACCACGAAGAAAGUUAAAGCCUCUGAGGAAAGAAAGGAAAAGGGUCACAGCACAGACGGUCUCUGACGGGGACAUUCAGAUUCUCGUCAGGAUACUGAGGGCUUAUAAUAUUCCCGCCAGGAAAGCCGUGACUAAUAGAGCUGUGGAUAUGCCUGCCUACUUGGUCUCACCCACAGCCCGCCUCAGACACAAGGAAACUGUCACCUCAGCAGACGCAGCUGAGCUCAGCGAGGAUACGGUACACCCUUUUGUGGAAGUUUCUUUUCAACACACUGUCUAUCAAACCAGCACCGCAAGUGGCUCCCACGCAUGCUGGAAUGAAGAAAUUAAAGUAGACUUUGUCUCGCCAGGACAUGAUUAUAGCUUCUCAAGCUUAUCCAAAAUCAAAGAUAAUAUAUAUAUCAACAUUUUCGAUGAAAUGAUGAUUGAAAACCAUGAGGAUCAUUGUCUCGAGAGCUGUAGUAGUCACUCACACGUCAGGAAGAACUGGCUUGGGUCCAUCGUCUUCCCUUUCUCUGCGCUUCUGCAACAAUCUGAGAUCAGUGGAACGUUUCAGGUAAACAUCCCACCAGUUUUGCUUGGGUAUACUUGGAGUAAGACCUACGUAUCUCCUAAAGAAGAUUACGAUGGGCAGAAGCUGAAAGAAUGUACCUUCUUAAAUAUUUUUGCUACCAUUGAACCUCAGAUAUCAUACGUCACCUGUAAUCCAAAACUGGAUACGUUUUCAGAUCAAAUAGAUGUUUUACAGAGAGCACGGAUUUUUAAAAAAAACUGCAAGGCAAUGUUUCCCAACCGAAGAAUCGCGACUACUGUUUUUAGUGACGAAGGGGUGCAGGUCUUAGUGACAAGGUACAUCAAGGCACUGAACCCCCCUCAACAGCUUCUGGACAGAUUUCUUCAGGAUUCUGGCGCAGCACUUGACCUCGCUGCUCGAUUUGUAUCACUGAUUCCUUUUAUGUGUGGUACGGUGGAUGAAAAUGAUGAUUCUGAUAUAUGGAUGGCAUCAGAGCGCUGCAUCGCUCUGGCUAUGGGAAAUAAGGAGGAGCAUGCCAUCCUUCUCUGUAACUUCUUCCUGUAUUUUGGGAAAAAGGCCCUGGUCCUUCUGGGAACCUCGCUGUUAGAAGGGCAUGUGGCUUAUGUAUUAACUCAAGAAACCGAUGAAUAUUUGCUUUGGAAUCCAUCAACUGGGCAAUGUUAUAAGCAGUUGGACCCGUUUUGUCCCUUACAAAGCGUAGACUGUUUGUUUGAUGACAAAAAUGUCUGGUUUAAUGUUCAACAGAACAACACGCCGAUGGCUGUCCAUUUUGACUAUUCGAAAGAAAGUUUCUGGAAACAGUUGCUUCCAAAAAAUUUUCAAGGGACGAAAGCCCAAAGCAUACAGCCUGAAGAAAUCAUUUAUUCUGAUACUAAUAAGAGCAUGGUAGAAGAUCUGAAGAACAGGAUUGAAAGGACUCUAAAGUUCAAGCUGAUGGAAUGGCGACCUAAACACCCCACCCGUUGGAAUCGACAGUGUACUUCUAUUUUCCGACAAAUCCUUCCUAAGCUGGAACUUGGCACAGAAAGCUUUGUUUCAUCCGAAGAAGACAGUGAAUUUGAAAGACUUCUACAGUUUUAUUGGGUCACGGGGUUUCCCAUCCAUAUGCCCUACACCGACGUGCAGGCCAUCAUCGACGCCGUGUAUCAGACCGGAAUUCACACUUCUGGCUUUGCCCAGACAGAGUUCGCGUUAGCUGUCUACAUUCAUCCGUACCCAAACAACAUACUGUCUGUGUGGGUCUAUCUGGCUUCCUUAGCCCGACUUCGAUGAGAGGAAGAAGGGAAAAGACAAAGAUUGCGCGACAGGUGCCGGGACAGAGAGCUUUCCUGGUACUGAGAUCGUGUCCCUGUUCUCCAGGGCUGAGCUCAGUUUUUAAAUUCACUUACAGAGCUGGAGACUUACCUCCCAUGUCUGCCUUUUUUUCCUUUCUCUUUUAGACAGGGUCUCGCUGUCACAACCCUUCACCUCAGUGUCCCCACUAGUUGGGACUACAGGUAUGUGUCACUGUGCCCAGCUGCUCAGGGGGGCCAAGAAGCAAACCCAGCCUCCCAUGUGACAUCAGCAGGCUGAGUAGCAGCAUCUGUCAGCAUGUGUCGCCACAGCGGGGUGUCCCCUCUCUAAGGAUGUGUCCAGAUGACUUUGUCACUAGAGACCUCUUUAAGUAGGACCUUGCAGGGACAGGCUGGCUGUCUGGGUCUUAUUCUGGAAAGACACGUUGCUGGCCUCUUCCCCUAAGGCCGAUGUUUCUCAAAUUCUGGAUCUUACAUUGCCUCUGUCAUAAUUAUUUGUAGACCCUUGUAGGAAAUACAGACUCCCAGACCCCAUCUAAGACCUAGUGAAUCAGAGUAGAUUCCUUCCUUAAGAGCAGGGCUGUAGAACCUGCAUGCUUUCCCACAAGCUCCCCAGUAAUUCUGACGCCCUGGCAGAGUGAGAGCCCCACCUAAAGUGGACAGAAUGUUCUCGUUGCUGCAGUGAGGCUAGUGUAUUUGAUAUGGUUCCGAAUGCCAUCCCAGUAGAAGUUACUCAGAUGGAAACUUAAGUUCAUUGCCUCUUGAAAGAUGAAACAUUCUCUCAUUGGCCAAGGAAAACCUACCAUGUUGGGCUGAGGGCCUUCUGGGGGUCUUUGGGGUGCCACUGCCAAGGUCCUUACAGUGCCACCUAUUUGGAAGGGACUCCCAGGAAGCCGUGUAAUCUAACCUCUCCCAAUUCUGUGAGGAAGGGAGGACAUUGACCCGUUUCACCACUCCCUGCUUUCCAUAGUGAGCACCCUCCUCUUCCCUGCUGCGCUCCGUGGUGGCCCCAAGGAGGCCAGUCUAAAUCCUAGUCCUUAAGAAGGAGCGGACAAGGUUCUAAAUAGGAAGCACUGUGCUUCCUUCUGUUUGAUUGUUCUGUGUUUCACUGGGGAAGUUAUUUAUAUAAGUUACUUGCAUGCAACGUACCAACUUAUUUGCAAAGAAAUAAUCAAGGGAUGUGGAUUCCAGAGCUGACCAGAGCAGUUUCAAGAGAGAAACACACACCACCUCUCUCACUGGGCUCCCUGGUUCGCUUCCACCGCAGAGAACCCCCAGUCUGUAUUCCUUCCGUAAGUGCGCCUCCAUGGCUGCUGCCUGAGAAGGCCUCGUUCAUUGGCCUGAUGUCAGUCUUGGACCAAGCUUGAGAUGAGGGGAAGAGGAGAAUGGGCAGACGUGCGAGGGAACCGCCCAGGUUAACCCGAACCGUAAUGUAUCUUCAGGCACAUGCAAGACACUGAUCCUAAUUUUUGAUUUAUUAAUGUUAGAGUGUUUGCGUUUCAUGUUAUAUGAACUUUCUUUUUAAACAAGUCUCCCACUUCGACUGCGGUAGCACAAAAUAAUGCCUAUGAAACUAGGGGGUUGCCAAAGAAAUGCCGAAUUUGUUCUGUUCAUUUCGUGGCUAUUUGAAUGUGACGCAGCUAUCUGAUUCACUGUUUAUGGCUUUAGCAUUAAUAGGCUGCUUAAGAAAAAGGAGGCAAACACGCAGGAUCUUUCUGCACCAUAUGCCCGUUUUCUUUCUUUCUUUUUAACCUGUGUGCUACUUUUCAACUACUUUUUUCCUGAAAAAUUGUGAAAUUACCUGUAAUGCAUUAUU